AUGACCAUAGAUUACUUGAAUUAUCAAACCGUUUCAGUUUCUCCAAAGACUCAAAUCAGUUAUAUGGAGGAACACCAAAGUUGCAUUCAAAAACCAAAGAUGAAACUAAAUAACAAUGUCAAGACAACUAAAGAACUUGUUGAACAAUUGCAUAAUUAUAAAUUCCCAUUAACCAGAUCAGUCAAUAGAACAAGCACAACAUGCAGUACUACUGCACCAGAAUCAUUACAUCAAUUAUCCACAACCCAUUAUAAUCAUAAUAGAAGAAACUCAUCAAUCUCAUCAACAUUUACAUUCAAAUCCAAUAACACCAACACACCAACCAGACGAGUCUCACAUAGAAGAUCAGCAGCAGUCAGUGGAGCUUCCUCAAACGAAUCCAUUUUCAGUUCAGACUUUAAUCCAUCAUCACCAUCAACACGAGUCACCACCACAAGAACAAGUACUGGGUAUGUCCCAAGUUUACAAACAUCUGAAAAUUUAUCAACAUUACCAACAACACCUGUGACACCAACAUCCAAGACCACGUUUGACAAUAUUGAUAACCAUCUUCAUCAUGGGGAAUAUUUACAAGCACCUAAAAAGCCACAAUUAUUACCAACAGAAGUUCCAAUCACACCUACAAAUUAUCCAUUGAUUGAUCUUGAUGUUGUUGAUAAGCCAUUAGUUCCAAGAUUGGGCUCACCAAUGCCACUCAAGGUUGAUGCUACACCUAUGAAGCAUGGUCUUGUUGAUGUUUUAGAUAAAGAAAAGGAAGAUGAAGAAGAGGAGGAUCAAGGUGAAGGAACAAUCAGCAUUGUUGAUUUUCUUCGAGAAAGCAUCAGUGAGCGCGCCAUGAGUGUUUCUGCAGAUUAUGAUCCGUUUCAAUACAUUCAUAUAACCAAGGGGAUGUGGAUAGAUGAAGAUGGACAAAAAUUGGACAAGUAUGAAGUGCCAACUUUGAUUGAUGAUUCUGCUGUUAUUGAUGAAUCGAAAAAGUUCAUAAGCAAGUUAGGUGCUGAUUUCUUUAGUAAAGAUAAAGUAUUUGAGAAUUAUCAAGAUCAUCAUCGUCAUCAUGAUGUUGUUUCCAAACAGUUUUUCAAUGAAUUUCCUCGAAAACAAACUAAUAAUGAUUUACAAUAUCAUAAUGAGGAUGUUACUUUAAAGUUUAUUGUUGAUUGGUUUUUGAAAAGAAAUUGA